AUGAAUCAUUCAGCCACCGAUUAUCCUGAUAAGGAAGAUAGUCAUGGAGGGACAUUCUCGGAUAGUAUUGGUAUACAAACAUAUUCAUUAAAUACUAGUUUGGGAGGUUUACAUAUUAUGAGUAGACUUAAUAAUGAGAUGAGUUUAGUAGAUGAUGCUGCUGCAGGGUCUUUUGGUGUAGUUCAAAAGGGUAUAUUUGAUCUUGAUCGUCAUUGUUACGCUUUAAAGCAAACAAAACGAAUGAUUUCCGGAGAAGGUGACCUACAACAACGACUUCAAGAAGUAUAUGCAUUAAGUGCUUGUAAUCAUCCUAACAUUUUGCGUUACUUUGAUGCUUGGGUAGAAGAUAAGACUGUUUAUGUGCGUACAGAAUGGUUUUCAGAGAAAUCUAUCGCAACAUUUAAUCGUCCUGUUCCGGUGCCACUUUUAUAUUCUCUUUUACAUCAAAUAGCUUCCGCAUUGCAUUGGCUUUCCUGUCAUCAUAUUGCCCAUCAAGAUGUGAAACCGGAGAAUAUAUUAGCUCGACGAAUGGAAGAUGGAACUUAUACAUUUAAGUUAGCUGAUUUUGGACUUGUUCGUCCUUUAUUUGAAGAACGUUUAGACACGGGUGAAAGGUUUCACGGUACAAACGAUGAUGAUGGGGAUAAAAGGUAUUUAUGCCCUGAAGCUUUUGCAAUGUGUCCAUUUAGCCCACAACAUGGGGAAGCAGAUGUGUAUGCAUUAGGAGCUAGUUGUGUAGAGUUAAUGGGAGGUGAUCCCUCACUUGUACGUUCUGGACAAUACACUGGAGAGUUUAGUUCAUAUUCACCAGAGUUACAACAAUUAGUACGUCAAAUGACAAGAAGUGAUCCAAAAGAGCGUCCUGACCCUUUUACAGUGGCACAAAGUACACUUCCACCACAGUUACUACAGUCAUCAGCGGAGGAGAUAGCAUGUCGACAGGCUUCGCUAGAUAAACUCCGUGAUAGUGUGAAAGAGCUUGAGAAGGAAUUAGAAGCUCUAGAGACAGUGGUGAAACAGGAUGAGGAAGAUAAUAAAGAAGAUGAAGAAGAAGAAGGAGGAAAAGGUACGAUAACUCAUGACAGUUAG